CAUAAAUAAGUUGUUUGGAUAGCCCCAAUACAUUCCAUACGCGUGCUACCCCCAACGACAAGCUGCUUCAACACAGCCAGCUUUGGCACAGGCAGCGCUUUAGAGUUACGACACCUUCUUAAGCAAGUAUGGGGCAAGGCCAGAGCGCCGAAGAAGUGCUGGACGCUGUAAAUCAGGUGGACAAUGCUCAAAAGACCACCCCCCAAAAGGAGGGCAACGCGGGCACAAAGCUUUUCAAAUACGUGACAACAAUUAACGGGGAGGGGAACUGGGAGCUAGCAAGCUCCAAUGCAAAACCCCACUUCUACGACAGUAAAGAGGACAGUAAUAGCAGCGGAAAAAAGGAUUUCUUUCUUGAAAUUGAGCAAGGGGAUGUCGACGUUCACGUAGAUGCCGGACUGAACUACGUGCUGGAUGUUGACCAGCGGCGUGUGACCUUUGCAGCAAACAAUACGAUCUACGCCCUGAAGUUUCAAAAUGACGACGCUUGCCGCACGUUUGGCGAGCAGUUGAACGACGCGAUCUUUUACAACCAGUAUGGGCUGGAGAAUGAUGAGGACAGCCGUGCAAAAGUCAUGGAGGACUAUGCCGGUACACUGUUUUCGAAGGAGACUGAGCGGCUGUUUGAACCAAUGGACACGAAUGCUGAUGACGAGGACAAAGAAGCCGCCAAUUUUUUAACGCCGGAGAAGCUGCGGGAGAAGCAAGCCAAGGAGACGGCGAAGGACGAAGAUGCUAUCAAUGCUAUCGUUAUGGGGGCAGGUGAAAACAACUAUCUCCUGCGCGGCUGCAAGUUUGACGUCCUGCGCAAUCUUGAGGGGGGCGGCGUCGAGGACAAGGGCCUUUCCACACGCAAGACGCGCGGCACAGCAGCAGCUGUUGAGGUCGAAACGACUGGAGCAGCCUUCACGCCUUCAAGAGUCCUCCUGACGCACGGCGAGCGGCGCAUGAACCUAUUGACACCGGAGAACCGCAGCAUCCUCCACCAUGCUGAUAUUGAGGUGGGCAAGAUCGUCACUACGUACAAUUUCCAAAAAGACUCGGUGGAUGUGCCUAUCAUGGAUAUUGCCUCGGACUAUAAGGCGGCUCAAAUGGAGGAUCACUCUCAGUUCCUUGGUCUCGACCAGAACCGAAUCUGCAGGUGGGACCUACGCGAGAAACGUGGCGUGGUGCAAUCUACGCCCGUACUUGACUACGUUGCAGGCAAGGACUACAGCCGUGGCACCAAUUUUACAUGCAUGGCCACAAGCGGCGACGGCUUCGUUGCUGUUGGCUCACGGGAUGGUCGGAUCCGGCUCUAUAAUAGUCGGGUCUUGACGCAGGCCAAGACAUCCAUCCCGGGUCUUGGUGCGCCUAUCACCGCGAUUGACGUCACAUACGACGGCAAGUGGGUGCUCGCUACGGCUGACAGAUACCUGAUGCUUGUGAAGACAACCUAUGUGAACGACAAGGGCAAAGACGCCAACGCGUUCGAGAGCCGGAUGGGCGGCCGCGGUGCAGUGCCGCGUCUGCUCCGGCUAAAGCCGGAAGAUGCAAUUAAGACUCAGGUGAAUGGCGCCAAGUUUACGAAGGGCAAGUUCACAUGGAUUACAGAGGGCGGCCAGUCCGAGCGGUGGAUUGUAGCAGGCUGCGGUCGGUUCUCCGUGGUUUGGAACUUUUCCAAGAUCCGGACCACAAGCACGCAGUCUCUUGGCUAUGGCGGCUUACCUACCUGCAUGGACUACUACCUACGCGCUAAGGAGGAGGAGGUUGUGGAUGUGCAGUUUGUUCAUCAAAAGUACAUGCGUGAUGUUGAUCAGGCGGCGAUGGUGGUGGCCACGCCGCACAGCUUGUUCAACCUGGCCUAG